AUGAGCACUGCGACGUUUGCGCUAUCCGUCUUGAGUACGAUGCAUGUGAUUGUAGACGCCAGGCGCGUCUACAUCGGUUGUGCCCUGUCGGAAAACUCGGAAGAAUAUUUCCAAAACGUUGCGAACGAGACGUUCAAGAAUGCGAUACACGAGAUCGAAACUCUCCUCGCGGAUGCCUACUGCCUCAAGAUCUACCGCUGUUAUGUUGUGUGGACGAAAUUUUGGAUUAUUCUGCCACCUAUCAUCGGGUGGUGUGGUACUGUCGUUGCUGGUACCCACACCGUCUGGUCCAUCUCCCAGCUGACAGGCUCCGCCAGCGAAGUCUUUGCUAAGCAAACGGCGCAAUGGGUGAUUUCUUUCUACUCUAUCGCCCUAGCGACCAAUUUCAUCGCGACCAGACUGCUGGCUUGCAAGCUUUGGAUGGUCAACCGCGAGAAUGAGCCAUAUCGUUCUUCAAGCUCGGCGUUGCGGCCAGUGAUGCUCAUCAUACUCGAAUGCGGAGCGAUCUACUCCGUCUCGUUGCUCUCGAUGAUCAUUGUAUACAAGUCGCAAACCAACGGCGCGUACGUUAUGGUUGACAUCAUCGGACAGAUCAUCCCGAUCACGUUCUAUAUCAUCAUCAUCCGAGCUACGAUGGCUAUGAUGAAAUUGAGACACGGUUCGACGAUUCCGCUCAGCGCGCCGGUUUAUGCCAGUCCGCCAUCUUCGACGCAGACAACGGGUUCAGUUUCUUCGAAGCGUGCUGAAGUUCACAUCACGAAGUUCACGGAGGUUGGGAGAGCUCCGUAUGAUCAUUCGAAGUGA